AUGGUAGUACCUCCAAAUACACCAGCCCCAGCUUCGAACACCACGCGCAUAGCGACUUUGGAGCUCGCAGGUCGGCCGCCGGCGAAGAUUAGGCCUGGAAAUCCGUUGCCCUGGCCAAUAUUUGUCAGGAUCCAAAAAACUGACCAAUGCAGCACUACUGCAACAUACAAGUCUGCCAAAGCCACCUUCACAUUUUCCAAUAAUAUGGAGGUUAGCAGCCACCAUUCUCCGAGUCCUAAUACCACAGGAGAUCACCAACUCCCAAAGAACAUUGCCAUAUUUCUGGAAUCCCGCUCGGGUGUAGCUGGGCCUGUAACGAUGAAACUGGAAGUCAAGCUUAAGGUUGCUGACAGCGAAGUGACGAUUUCAGAGAUCUAUCUUCGAUUGUUUGAAUACGCCGAGAACGCAAGUCUGAAUAAUCCUUGGCCUCGUUUCGCCGCGGAAGUGUAUUCGAGUUCCACCAUCAGAAUCUCAAUUUACUAG